AUGGCAGACUCCCACUCAUCGCACUCUCAACACUCCCUUUCUGAUUCUCAGGAUCACGUGACCGACGCCGCCGGAUCCGGCAACGGGGCCAGGUACCGUCUCAUGUCUCCGGCCAAGCUCCCGAUCUCGAGGUCCACUUGCAUUUCUGUUCCUCCUGGCCUCAGCCCGACCUCCUUUCUCGACUCCCCUGUUCUUCUCUCUAACAUCAAGGCGGAACCUUCUCCAACCACCGGUUCCUUUUUCAAGCGUCAAUGGAUGCAUGGCUCUGGUGAAAAUGCUGCACUUCUGAUACAGAAAAAUGUUUCAAGUGCAAAUUGUGUUGAUGAAAGAAUGUCCAGCAGUUUUGAGUUUAGGUUUCAAACUGGGGCUAGUUCUACAUCAGGAUUAUCGUCGGCUGGGCUGUCGAUUCCUGUAGGAUCAAAUCGAAACGGGCCAGUGAAUCAUCGAGAUCUACGCUAUUCACAAGCUUCUGCACCAUCAACUUUGGCUUCAACUGUUGUGGCAGUAAGUUUACAGGAAACAUCUGCUGUUGGUAGUGUUACUGAUGAAUUAAAUCAAGGACAUUCCAGCACGGGUAUUCUAGGAUCAUCCUCCGACCAUAAAGAUGGUGUCUUGGUCUCAGCUGAGAGAACAUCAGAUGAUGGUUAUAACUGGAGGAAGUACGGGCAGAAAUUGGUUAAAGGAAGUGAAUUUCCUCGAAGUUAUUACAAAUGUACAUAUCCUAACUGUGAGGUUAAAAAGAUUUUUGAGCGUUCUCCAAGUGGACAGAUCACAGAAAUUGUUUACAAGGGUUCGCAUGAUCAUCCAAAACCUCAAGCUUCAAGGAGGAACAAUCCUGGGGCUCUUUUGCCCAUUAAAGAGGAUAAAAUGGAGAAAGAUUCGUCAAUAACUGAUCAAGAGGGCAAGUUGAAUUUUAACAAUAUGGAGCAAAAUGGCUCUCCCAUGUUUUCUCCUCUACAAGCAAACGAGGAGGGAAAUGAUUGUUCUGAUUCACUAUUUCAAGAUAUUAAUGAGGAUGUUGAAGCAGAUGAUCCUUUUCUGAAGCGGAGGAAAAUGGAGGAUAGUCUUGAUGUUACACCACUUGUUAAGCCGAUUCGCGAACCACGAGUUGUUGUUCAAACUGUCAGCGAGGUUGAUAUACUAGAUGAUGGAUAUCGAUGGCGCAAGUACGGCCAGAAAGUUGUAAGGGGCAAUCCAAAUCCUAGGUAUGUAUUGUGUUCAAGCUUCAGCAAACUGUGA